AUGGCUGCCAAUCUCACCUCGACCCAAGAAAUGGGAUCAAGGCUUCUAGGGUCCAAACCUCGAUCCAUCAUCAUUCCCAUGGUCGACAUGACAGAUGAUGGCGAUUAUGUUUCUUCGUCUGCGAUGCCUCUUCCAACUCUUCAAAGUAUGAUGCUGGCGGCUCCCCCCUGGCUUCGUCGCCAGAGCUCCACGAUGGGGGUCCUGGUCGGAUUUCUUCCUAGCUUCGUCGCCGAUUACAUAAACCACAAGCCUCGCAAAGCUUCUUCAGAUACCAAAAUCUCCGCCCUCGAUGGCCUGAGAGGCAUCUGCUGCCUCAUGGUCUUGCAUAUGCAUUGGACUUUUGCCGUCACCGAUAGCAACGAGGGUGGCUCUGCAGCCGUUAACACCCAGUUCUUGUUCCACCGGCCAUUUUUCUACCUGUUGUGGGCCGGUACCAGUCAUGUCUACAUCUUCUUCGUCAUGAGUGGUUAUGUCCUGUCGGUGAAAUGUCUGAACAUGAUUCAUCAAGGACUGUCAAUUCACAAGGUCAUCACCUCGGCCGUCUUUAGGAGAGCGAUUCGAAUCUUUUUGCCGCCCAUUGCUCUCCUUUUCAUCUAUCUCCUGGCCAUCAGGGCGCAUAUCUUUGACAGGGGUAUCCAGGUCUUCAACGAGAAUCGAUGGUUUGGCGAGCAACAAAUUCGAUAUUUUGAGAACCCUCCUCAAUAUCUCGACAGCUUUUCUGCUCAGUUCUGGGAUGUUCUGGGCGCUGUUCAUAAUUUGGUGGAUCCGUCAACUCACUUUGGCAACUUACCUGAGUAUGGUAACUACGACACUCACCUGUGGACGAUGCCUGUCGAAUUCUAUUGUUCCAUGACCCUCUUCGUGGUCUUAUUGGCGACCUGCCAGCUGAAGACUCGGUAUCGCGUGUCUCUGCAUGGUGCCUUGGUCUUGUUCUGCUGGCUGACAAAGCACACCAACCACGGCCUCUUUUUUGCAGGUUUGUUCAUCGCCGAAAUGGACAUCCUGGCCAAGAAGUCCUCAGAUCCUAAAUUUCAACUCCCUACUUCUCUCGAUACCCAAGACUCCAUUUUCCACAGGCUCCAAUGGGGGUCCCCGGAAAUAUGGCCCUAUCUUUGUGUCUCAAACAUCAUCUCCGUGGUGGCUUUCAUUGGAGGCCUCUAUAUCUUGUCAAUGCCCCUUCUAUGGGCGGAUGAGACCCCAGGAUACACUCAGCUGUUGUCAUAUAUGCCAUCAUUGAUGGGCAUGGAGCAUCGCAUGGAAUCGCUGCGAGCCUUGGGCGCCGUGCUCGCUGUGUGGCCAAUCACCUAUGCCUCCGCCACAAGUGCUCCAGGUUCCACUCCAAUCAUCCGCUUCUUCCUAGCCAACCCAGUCUCCAAAUAUCUCGGACAGAUUUCGUUUGCCCUGUAUCUAGUCCAUGGCUUCGUAAUCCGCAGCCUCGGAUACAGCAUCUUACCUUCGAUUUACAAUAUGGUUAUUCGCGACCCAGAGCGUCGUACAGCGCUAGCAGUCCAGCGCUACCCCCAGGGUAACAUUCCUGCCCCGUCACGUUUGACACCUGGCGAGCUGGGAACCAUUUGGGUCUUGGGCUACCUCAUCGUUCUCCCUGCCUGUGUGUGGGCGGCUGAUUUGUUUUAUCGUUUCAUUGACGUCAAGAGUGUCAGCCUUGGCAGAUGGAUUGAACAGAAGAUGACAAAAGAUGAGCCAGCACCUCGAAGUGGGCCGUUGAUCGUGGUCGAAGACAAGAUUUACUGA